AUGUCAGGGUUUCUCCAGCACCAGGCCACCCUCAACACUGAGGAGCCACACAGUGGUAGUGAGAUUUCAGAGGAAUUUCUCAAUAGAAAAAGGCAUCACCAAUGGGAUGAAUGUGACAAAGCUGACAGCCCCAACCAGAACCUUGUUCAACAUCCGGACUUCAGUUCUGGAGACGUGAAAUAUGAAUAUAAUACAUGUGAGAACGUUUUCAGAUGUACCUUUAACCACAAUAGACAUAGGAGAGUUCACACUGGAGAAAAGUCCUAUCCAUGUGCUGACUGUGGGAAGUCUGUCAAUCAAAGGUCUUCCCUCAUCAAACACUACAGAGUUCACACUGGGAAAAAACCUUACAAAUGUAGUGAAUGUGGGAAAUCAUUUAGGCGCAAUUAUGACCUCUUUAUCCACAAGAGCGUUCACACUAGAGUUAAACCAUAUAACUGUAGUGAAUGUGGGAAAUCAUUUAGGGGCAAUUAUGACCUCUUUACCCACAUGAGAGUUCACACUGGGGAAAAACCAUAUGAGUGCAGUGACUGUGGGAAGUCCUUCAGCAGUAGCUCGACUCUCCUUCGACACCACAGAGUUCACACUGGAGAAAAACCAUAUAACUGUAGUGAAUGUGGGAAAUCAUUUAGGCGCAAUUAUGAGCUCUGUAUCCACAAGAGAGUUCACACUGGAGAUAAACCAUAUGAGUGUAGUGACUGUGGGAAGUCCUUCAGCAGUAGCUCGACUCUCAUUCAACACCACAGAGUUCACACUGGAGAAAAACCAUAUAACUGUAGUGAAUGUGGGAAAUCAUUUAGGCGCAAUUAUGAGCUCUUUAUCCACAAGAGAGUUCACACUGGAGAAAAACCAUAUGAGUGUAUUGACUGUGGGAAGUCCUUCAGCAAUAGGUCUAAUCUUCUUCGACACCACAGAGUUCACACUGGAGAAAAACCUUACAAAUGUAGUGAGUGCGGAAAAUCAUUUGGGAGCAAUCAAGACCUCUUUACCCAUAAGAGAAGAGUUCACACUGGAGAAAAACCUUAUAAGUGUAGUGAAUGUGGAAAAUCAUUCAGGCAAAAUUCCAAUUUCAUGCAACACCAGAAAGUUCACACUGGAGAAAAGCCAUAUGAGUGUAGUGACUGUGGGAAGUCCUUCAGCAGCAGCUCUAAUCUCAUUCGACACCACAGAGAGAUGAACUUUGAGGACGUGGCCAUCACCUUCUCUGAGGAGGAGUGGCGGCUCCUUGAUGAGGCUCAGAGACUUCUCUACUGCAAGAUGAUGGUAGAAGCUUUUGCCCUGGUCUCAUCUGAAGUGUCUCUGAGUCAUGAUUGUUGCAAAAAGCUUAAUGGGCCCAAGCUUUUCUAUGUCCACAUGCAUGGCUUCCACUUCUGCACCAUUCCUCCAGCUAAAGGCUCUUUGUGA